GAAAACUUGGUGAUAUGGAAUUUUGCUCAAAAUUGGUGUUAGUCUCAGGUAUUAGGUCAAAGAAAUGGCUGGGUUCUUCUAUCUAGGAGGAGGGAGAGAAGGCCCACCAAACAAACAAGAAGAAGAUGAAGAAGAAAGAGAACAGAAUUUGUUUUUGUACAGAAAUGAUCAAGAGAUCUACAACAAGGGUUUUGAGAUAUGGCCUCAACAAUACAACAACAACAACAAUCAUCAACAUCAACAACCAAAUCCCUCUCUUCCAAAUCACUUAUCAUUUGGUGUUGGUCCCAGCCGCCGCAGCUUCAUGAUCAACGACCCUUCCGAUGAGCCUUCUAGAUCAGCUUUUACCCUCAUGCGCCCAGCUGCUGCUGCUUUUGCCGCCGCAGCCGCUUCUGCUGCUACUGCUGGCGGCAUGAAUUGUCAAGAUUGCGGCAACCAAGCUAAGAAGGAUUGUGCUUAUUUGCGGUGUAGAACUUGCUGCAAGAGCCGAGGGUUUCAGUGUCAGACUCACGUGAAAAGCACGUGGGUUCCCGCUGCUAAACGCCGUGAGAGACAACAGCAAAUUGCUGCUUUACAACACCAGCAACAACAAGAACAGUUCCGUGGCGGUGACAAUUCUAAAAGACUAAGAGAAACUCAAACCACCACCGCUGUCGCUGCGGCUCCCACCGCCUCCGCCUCCGCUUGCCCUCGUCUGCCCUCCAUCACGUCAGGGUUAGAACUGGCGCAAUUUCCAUCAGAAGUGAACUCACCGGCGGUAUUUCGGUGCGUAAAAGUAAGUGCAAUGGACGAUGCAGAUGAAGAGUUUGCUUAUCAGACGGCUGUUAAUAUCGGUGGCCACGUGUUCAAAGGAAUUCUCUACGAUCAAGGUCCUGAACUCCGUUACACCGCAGCUGGUGAGAGCUCUUCCGGUCACGGCGGAGACGGAUCAACACACCCACUUAACCUAAUUACUGGUCCCACUUCCACCACGACCUCCGCCGCAACUAGUACCAACCCCGCCGCCGCCGCCGCCUCCACCGCGCCGUUGCUUGAUCCUUCUAUAUAUCCAGCUCCUCUCAAUGCAUUUAUGGCUGGUACGCAGUUCUUCCCACCCUCAAGGUCAUGAGAGAAAAAAUAAAAUCCAAAAAAUUCCCCCACAAAAAAGAAAAACAAAUUGCCCUAAAUUAUCUGUGUUUUUUAGUUAAUUUUUUUUUUUUACUUUUUUAUUUUUGGAGAAGGCAUGGUAAUAUUGAGAGAUGAGAAGAUGUUCUUAUGAGGAAGACAUGAUGAGAAGAAAUUGAUCGAUGGAUAUUUCAACUUUUUUUUUCUUCUUAAGCAUCCGAUUCAGAAUUUUUGA